AUGUCUCCAGCCCUUCCCUCUCCCGAAGUCCGGGCUACCAUUACUGAACGGCUCUCUGAUCUUAUUAAAGCCAUUGAGGCCCACCCUGCUUGGAAGCCUGAAAAUCCCCACCGGGGUCUCUACCACAUUUGGGACUUUGUCAAUCGGUCCCGGUAUAUCAUGACCGAGCUCGAUCACAUUCGGGACGGCGAGCCCGUGCGAUAUCCGGAGCAGAUCCGUCAGCAAUCUGGGACCCUAGGUCGAACCACCGGCCCUGCGGCUGCCGCCGAGUGCUUUUCCGACGUAUGCGGACGAGCCAUUACCAUCAACGAGAUGAUCAGCAGCCCGCGAUUCCUAACCAUGAUGGGCCUCCCUCAAGUGGACUAUGGGAACGAGGUCACCAGCAAAGCCCAAGCCGUUGUCGAUGCCAUCGCUCAGACCAGGUAG